UUACCUUGUACAAUGGCCGAGAGUGAGAGAGGCGACCUUACAUCGGUCAAAGACGGUUCAGAUGCUGACUUUGACAUUGUCUGUACACCAUGUUGGGAAGACAGUAUCAGAGAGGAAGCUGUCAAAUAUUGUCCGGAAUGUCAGGAAUACCUUUGUAAAACAUGUACAAGACAUCAUGGUCGGCAAAAGAUUACACGUUCGCAUAAGCUGCUAGACAGAAAUGCUGCCAAGCAAGCGUCUGCUGUUUCCAUGACAACAAAAUGCCAUUACCAUCCAGAUCGAGACAUCGAGAUGUACUGUGGAACUCAUGACAUGGUCUGUUGUCUGAAGUGUAUUGCUACUGAACAUAGGGCCUGCAGUGGAGUGUCUGGUAUAGAAGAAAUGAAGACAACUUCCGUUCAACAACAGGAGGUAGAACGGUUACAGAAUGACACGAGAAACAUUCAAGAGCGUUUAGCAGAUACUGAUAAGAAGACAAAGAAAAACAUAUUUCACACAAUAUUGUGAUGUUUGAUAAGAAUGGGCAAUGCCUCUGGGAGUUGGUAGACAAAGAUGCUGGUCUGACCAAUCCAGUUGCAUUGAAAUAUGACGACAAAAGGAAUUGUUUAAUUGUAACAUGUGCUUGUUCUGACAAACUAGUCGUUUUUAAUAUUUCCGCUUAAAUUUACAUGUUCUUUGUACUUAGGCUAAUCACGAAGAUAACUGCAAUGAGAAUUAAUCGUUAUGCACAGGGUUAUAUCAUUUAAAUAAAUAAAGCACUGCAUUUUUAAUAAAUCAAAAAGCCAUGUGUGGGAAUUUAGCCAGAGCAACCAGAACAGCCAGAAACCAACCCUAACCCUAACCCUAACCCUGGCUACUCUGGCUACACUGGCUGCUCUAGCUAAGUUCAUGGGAAUCAGCCAAAUGUAUUAUAAUUGUUAAAUAGAAAAAUGUCAGUGUCUCAUGUCGUCCUCGCAUUAAAUAUCACAAAAAUAUAUGAGUUUUAUUACCUUAAUUAUAUAUAAAAUGUCUUCAGUCAACGGAAAUAUGUUGAAUUGUUCAUCCUUGCAAUUGUUACUUUGUAUGUUAACAGCUGGAUGUUCAUACAAAUUAUACAUUUUAUCCAAUUUAAUAUGGUUGUUACCUUUUUGUGCUACUGGAGAUGUGGCACCUGUGAACUUGGAACACGUGUUGUAGCUCAUUUCAUACGCAACUCACAGCGAGUAUUUACAGAAUUCAACAGUUUUUACAUGUCGAAUUCGAUACUAAUUUACCAACAACCGUUUUAUUUAAAAUUGCCCAACUUUCCAGACUUUAAGCGUCCCUUUAUUACUGUAACAAUCAUUACCAAGUUUUAUUCUUUGCAAAAGUAAGCGUUUUUAUUUCCGAGAAUCUUUUGUUGAAGCGCUAUAAUGUACGGUGUCCCGAUAGGGUCAUUGUACUGUCUUACUAUCGACCCUCGUCGGCAGAGAUAAGAGCUAAACUACGACCAUAACUCUAUACAACAGAGACAGUGAUACAUUUACACUAUAUUAUCGUAUCGUAUUUCUGUGCUGUCGCAUCAUGUUGUCAUGGUUUCGAUGUGUCGCGCUCCUCAGUACGACAUUAAAAUGGCGCCACAGCAUCUUGUUGUCGUGGUGCGAAGUCCGAUCACACGACGGUGCGAUAUCAAUAUUAUAUUAUCGCGUUCUGGUUAGACGUUAGACGUGCGCAAUAACAAUAACAUAGUAGAUUUAGGUUACAUACUUAUUAAUACAACUGUUCAGCAAAAGUCAGCUUUGUCAAGGGUAUAGCGGUAAUUUUUUCUGUUGAAAAAGUCAGUGUUUAUAAAACUUGAUGAAAAAUUUUCGGCUUUAAAAAUUGGGUGAAAUACAUAGCUCGUCCUCCAUUGUACAUUUUUUUCGCAUGUUUGACUGGUACGCGAUAACACGAUAUUAAUGUUGUACCAUACUAAUGACAUUGUCACCAGGACAACAUGAUGCUGUUGUUCAAUAUUAAUGUUGUACUUUGACCGCAAGACUACGACGCAACAGCACGUCAACGACAACGCGAUGCGAGAGCGCUACAAUACGAGUUGAUAACGCGAUAUUAAUAUCGUGCUGUCGUAUCAUGUUGUCGUGCUGUCGCAUCGGGUUAUCGUACUGUCGUAUUGUAUUAUCGUAAUAACGCCGAGCAGUAGCCGACAUUACGACAGUGCGAUGGUCCUAUCAGAACACUGUAAUAACGAGACAAGAUUACCAAUUCAGUGGUUAAGGUAUGUGAGAGUCGCCAGAAUUAUGUAAACAUGUGGCAUCUUAGGACCCCAGUAUUGUAAGCUUAUGUUUUUAUUACACCGACCUUACUUACAUAAGCGUUUUGCAACGUUGUUAUCAACUAUGUUUUUAUAAUUCUGAACUAUUUAUUCAUCCUUUAACGUCGUCCUGACUUUUAAAGAAUACUUGGAAUUCGUUACCGACGAGCGAGUCUCCGUAUCUCCAGAGUUUUAUUUAUGUAUAAAGUGUCUCGAAAGUCAUACACUUACUAUAAUAGCGCAUGCGUGCUAAAUAGUAUGAAAUGAUACCUUGCAUGAAAUCAGUUUUGGUUAUUUAAUGACUUUUUUUUUUUAAUUUAACGCAAUUCCUUCUAUUUCAUAUUUAUAUUCCUAAACAUUAGAACUUUGUAACUUGUACCAAAGGUAUAGCAAUUAGUGAUAGCUAUUUCAUAAGUUUUAGCUCAAACUCCGCAAGAAGUGCUUA